AUGUUUGGGCGCCAGUUACCCAGAUUCUGCUAAACUGUUUUCUCACCGUUUCCAGCCACUCACCCAGAUAUAUGCAAAUAUGCUCUUCAGAGACAUUUUUCCCAUUGGGGUCCUCCAGAUAAUCACAUAUGUUCUGCAGUGCAGAUAGGGUUGCCACCUUUUCUGGAAAAAGAUACCGGCCUUCCUAUAUAUUUUUUUUUUCCCAAUUAAUAACAUUGGGAUCAACCAUAAUUUUUACCUGCCAGGUGGCAACCAUAAGUGCAGACCUAUUUUCUGGCCAAUUUUCUCCACCAAGAAACCCCCCAUCAGUCACCCAGAUUUCAGCAAACCUGAUUUCUGACCCAUUUUCCACCUGCCCCUCCCCCACACCAGUAACCGGAUUUAGUAAAACUGCUGUCUGACCCCCAUUUCCCAACUGAAGGUCCUCCAGCCAGUGACACAGACUUGUAAUCCUCUUGCCAGUCACCAAUAUUCUGCAAAACUGCAUUCCUAUUUCUUUAAUACCUGGGGAGUCCCCCAUCCAGUCACCAAUAUUCUCCAAAACUGCAUUCUUAUUUGUUUUCUACCUGUGGUAAAACUGCUGUCUGCCCCAUUUCCAACCUGAAGGUCCUCCUGCCUCCUAUUUUGUGAGCUGUUAUCGAGCAGCGCAGCAUGUGGAGCACCAAAGCCUAGGCACAGAAAUAUCAUGAACCAUACAACAAAAAAAUGGUUGCGCCAAUUUUCCCCAGUUCUGUCUAUUUAAUUUAAUCGGGCUAACUGUAGCCACUGCUCACCCUGUAACUGGGUGGGCCCAGGUGCAAAUAUCCUGGACCAUUCCCUUACUAGGUGAUCUGUUGGGGAAAUAAAGCCUUUUAAAACCACCACUGUCUGCUAAUCCAUGAAAGUCAAACACUGCUUGAUAUUGCCUCAUAGGUGCCAAUAGACUGUGCUUGGACCUGCUACUAACAAGCAAUUGAUGGCUAGUUGGCUACAUAUAGUUGUCUAUAACAGAAAGGAAUAUGUAAGGCUAAUAAGUCAUAACUGAUAGAAAGAAGACUGGUUAAUGUAAUAAAGCCUGCACUCCAGUCAUGAUUGGACUGGAGCCUUGGGGGCCCACUGUGGCUGCAAAAUGAAGGGCCCUCUUGGCAGUCCCCAUGGGCCCCUUCCCGACCUCUAAACUCCCACUGUGGGCAUGUGUGAAAAAACAGCAAUGCGCACAUGUGAAAAACGCAGUAAUGCAUGCAUGUACGAAAAAGUUUUCGCACAUAUGUGUAAAAUGCUGCAGCGCAACAGCUGGUCAGCCGGUCUGACCCUGACUCCAGUUUAGGGAAACAGUACUAUUGCUAUACUGCCCACACCAAGGGAAUUCACAUUUAAAAGCUACUGUGAUUUACGCCAUAAUAAAAUAAAGUUUACUGAUAUUACAGAGUUCGGGUGUCAGUCUGUAUAAAGCUUGAGCUAUAACUAUCUCUAGAUCUGAAACGUAUUUGACAGCAGCAAAAUGGCAAAAUAAAUACUGUGGAUGUCCUCUUUAACCCUUGGGCUAUAAGCCCUAAAGCCAGAAAAAAUAUGUGAUAAGCUACUUACCAUUCAGUAUGCAAGCAUCUGGGAACCUCUUAUUGCUAAUGUUCAAACAAAAAGAUUUAGGGGCGUAGGACAAAAGCCACCCUCUUGUGCUUUUAUGAAUGAAUGCAUUUCUAAACAGUUAUAUGGCGUCUGACAUUAUUUUUAGAGCUGCAGAAAGGAAUUGAAAAUAUUUAUCUUUACAGCUAAUGCUGUUCUUUCAUCUUGCAAAUCUCCCUUUUCAAAUCGUAUUCAUUUAUCUAAAAAGAAACAACUCAUCACUCAGGAGAACCCAGCAAUACUUUAAAUAGACAGGUACCAAGCUCAGACACAUUGCUUGGAAAAAAAGGCUUUUCAUCUUUAGUUUUCUUUUGACUGUGCAAAAGGAAGUGCAGGAGAUGGAUGAAGCCUAUUUAUUCUGUAUGUCUUUCUAUUUGUUAUUUUGAAAUCAUCAGACUUCUAGGGGCUCAUUUACAAACAUAGGUGCUGGAUUGCACAUGUGUGGUUACCAGUUGCAGCCAAUCAACUCUGAAUGGUCUACUACAAGUUGGAAGAUGAAAGAUCUGGUUGCUUUAUUGCAUUUGACAACUGCACUUGUGUUAUUUAGCAUGUAUGUUCAUGAAUAAGCCCUCUAGUGUAUUUGAUUGUGCAUUAAAAUAUAUCAGUCUCAUAUCAUACUUUUUGUUAUGCUUUCUUGGCAUAUGCAAUCUUCUGUAAUUGCACAGAUAAUUUUGUGGUACUUGUUAUAUUUUUAAGACAUGCUGCAAUGCUGUCAGACUUCUGUGUAUAUAGCUGAUUUUCCAUUUUACCAUAUAUUUAGGGAUCAGAUAGUAAUAAAAUAAUAGUUAUAUAUCGUUGAAGCUCAUGAACAAGACCAUAGUGGGCCAUAUACAGCCCUCCAAUAGCAAACUCGACCUAUUCCACUGCUUACUGAUCAAAACCAGAAGCCCCCUGCAGACAGUGAAGGAUGGGACAGCCUGGAUAACCGACUUGUGCUAUAGAACAACAACUGUAUUCAGCAGGGCUCCCCAUGUUCCUGAGCUACCAUUCGGGAACUCUGCAUGAAACUUUCUGCAAGUGACCACAGCCCUGCGCAGGCAAACUAUCCAAUCACCUAAUUAAGUCAUGGAGGAAAGCGAUACAACUGGGGAUGAACAAGAAGACCUUCCUUACGAUGGGAUCCUUGAAUGCUAUUUGACUCCAAAUGUAAACCAAGAUGACAUUAGCAAUUCUGGUGAGGAUACUGGUGGUCAUCAAAAUGCAAUUAAUCUUGAGGAAGAUAAAGAAGAUCACUCUCCAAAAGAUGCUGAAUGUGUUCCUUCUGAAAAUGUUGAUGCUUCUAAUUUUUCUGAACAAACCAUUACAUGUGGAUCUUUUGAUGGUUCAGAACUGCUUCUGUCUAGCAAAGGUAUCAGCAAGAGCUUAGAGUCCCAGAGCACUGUCAUUCCUGAUGUCCUGCUUCAUCAUUUUAAUGAAGACAGUCUGAUUAAUCAGUGUGAUUUCAUUGACUUUGAGACUAUCCCAGAACUAUCAUUAGGUGAAAGCAUUAAUGGAGCUCUGAUCAGUAAUAUCAGUUUUUCAGACUAUGACACAGAUAAUCAUCAGUCAGAGCAAAAUGAAGACCAAGAAAAAUAUUAUUUGGAAAGAGACAAUAUAAAGUCAUUUAAGGACACCCAUGAACCCAAAUCUGUCGAACUUUCUGUUGAUGCUUCCAUUCAGGAGCCAAAUGGAGAGAUAAAUCUCGGACCAAGUGCAGAAAGUAUUUCAAUAAAAGAAUUACAGCCUACUGAAACUGACAUAACAAACAAAAGGUACAGAUAUCAAGAAAGAAGACAUUCUUUCCACGAUAUCAAGUAUGGCCAAGGGCAGGUUCACUACAGGCUGCCAGAUUUCUCAAAAAUACCUCCUAGGAUAAAAAUACCCAAAGGAACGGACAGCUGUAGAUCUGUCCCUACCUUACACAGAAGUAGAUCAUCUCCAAGUAUGAUUGGUUUGUCUGCUGUGGUGGGAGAACUAUUGGAUUCCAUGCAGUCUUCCAAUGAGCCUGGGAAUAUAAAAGAAACAGGUAGGGCCUUAGAACCUCUAGGCCACACCUCUACACUUCUGAGCCAGCAGGGUUCCCGAUGUGGCUUUUCUUCUAUUAAUGAACUCGACAAACAGCAGCCUGGAAGUGACCACAGCACUUUUCCAGGUGAUCUUUCCAUUGAGCUGAAGGACUCAUGUAAUAGCAAGAAAAGCGACACAACAAGUGAUGAACAAGAAGACCUGCCUUAUGGUGGGAUCCUAGAAUGCUAUUUGACUCCAAAUGUAAACCAAGAUGACAUUAACAAUUCUAGUGAGGAUGCUGGUGGUCUUCAAAAUGUAAUGAUUCUUGAUGAAUAUGAAGAAGCUCACGCUUCAGAUUGUGAGAAGUGUGCUGAAGACGAACUACGCAUUCCUUCAGAAAAUACAGAUUAUUCAAAUUUUUCUGAACAAACCAUGACAUGUGGGACUUUUGAUGGUUCAGAACUGCUUUUGUCUAGUAAAGGGAAGAGCAAGAGCUUAGAGUUCCAGAGCACUGUCAUUCCAGAGGUCCUGCGACGCCAUCUCAAUGAAGACAGUCUGCUUAAUCAGUGGGAUUUCAUUGGCUAUGAGACUAUCCCAGAACUCUCAUUAGCUGAAAGCAUUGAUGAAACUGCGAUCAGUAAAAUCAGUCUUUUAGACUAUAACAAUGAUAAUUCUGAGUCUGAGCAAAGUGAAAAUCAAGAAAAGUGUUUUUUGGAAAGAGAAAAUAAAGAGCUAUUUAACAACCAAGAUGAACACAUAUGUAAUCAAGAACACUUAGUUGAUGCCGACUUUCAGGAGAUAGAUGGAGAGACAAAUAUUGGACCAAGUGCAGAAAGUAUGGAAUUAAAAGAAUUGCCACCUACUGAAACCGAUUUAGCAACCCAAGAGGAUACAUAUCAAGAAAGAAGACAUUCUUCCUACGAUAUCAAGUAUGGCCAAGGGCAGGUUCACUACAAGCUACCUGAUUUCUCAAAAAUACCUCCUAAAGUAAAAAUACCGAAAGGGAAUAGCAGCUCUAGAUCUGUUCCUACCUUACACAGAAGCAGAUCAUCUCCAAGUAUGAUUAAAUCAUCAACUGUGGUGAGAGAAUUACUGGACACUAUGCAGCUUUUCAAUGAGCCUGGCAAUAUAACUGAAACAGCACUUCUAAGCCAGGUAUCCCAGCCACUUGUUUGUGGGUUAGAGUUUAGUACGAAACCCCAGCAGUUUACAUCAGCACUACCAUUAAGCGUUCUAGAUACUUCUGGUCAACAGUUGAAGCUUCAAAGCUACAGAAAAGGGCCUCCACAAGAAUAUAUGUCUGACAUUCCUUUCCAAGCUGAUAAUUUGGCACAUGAAGAAGAAUAUGCGAGAGCUGCCAGCUUUGAGCUUCCAACAGAAGGAGAAAAAAUGGCUGACAUGCUAUUGAAAGAAGCCCAACAGCUGCAAGCUAAAGUUGAAAAACUUUCUAAUGCUAUAGUAAAGGAAUCAUUACCGCUGAAAGAACAGUGUCUGGUAUUUCAAAAUUUGAAAGGCAGCGUGGAAGCUUUAGAACUGGAUUACUUGUCCAAAAAAGAGAAACACCGGCAAUUGCAGCUUCAGACUUACAGAACAGGAUCCCAGACAAUUCGGGAAUUUGAUCUGGAGAGAGAGGUGGAGGGACAAAUCUUCAGGCUGGAAAUGCUUCUAGAGAACAUUCAAGAGCAACUUGAUGCAAAAGCUGCCAAUGAUCCAUCAAGUGAAUUAUCAGCGAAUUCAUAUGACACAGCAAUAUCUUCUAUAUCAAAGCAGGCCCAUAAGAACUCAGAGACUUCAAUGCACGCUGUGGAUCUGAAGUUUAAAAAGCAAACUAUGAAUCAGAGCUCUGACAAGGUCACAGGAAGAAAAUCACCAGUGGCCCUUGCUUUUCAUGAUAUCCAGAGUGGCUGCAUUCAUCUAAAAGCUCAAGGGGUCUCUACAGAGCACAGAAGUGCAAAAUCAGACCAACAGAAAAGUGUAUCCAAACCAAGACUAUACAGCAAGCAAUGUCCAGCCGCGCUAAACAGGUAUGUUAAAGCUGAGACUGCUAUGAAAGAGAAAAUGAGAUCUUCGUGCAGAAGAAAUGGCUCCAGUGUUACUGAAGAAACAGAUACAGCAGAAAAUAGUUUGCCAGAAUGUGAUGACAUAGAAGAUUCUUUUAGUUCAGAAGAUUCUUUUAGUUCAGAAGAUUCUUUAAGCUCAGAUUGGGUUUCAGAGAACAGGAGUGAUAUCAAAUGUACUAAAAAAGACAAUAUACCUCAAGAAUCACACAAGAAAAAAGCAAGGAUACCCAAAACCCAAGAAUACGUAGAAAGCUAUGGCAAGUUUUUAGGCAAACUGAAGGCAACUAAACCCAAGAAGAGUACGUCGGUGUACAGAGGCAACUUGCGGGUUCCCACUUCAGACUUUUCACGGUUUUCUGGUCGUGCAUCUUCCCACCAGAUCUUCCGUGGAACACAAACUGCAGCGUGUGCAGAUGGAAGAAAUCUAGACAUUAUCGACUGCAAGAUCUUGAAUUUUGCAUUGGAUAAGGCCAUUCGGACUGCCAGGAAUAUGCAGAGGACGACAGAGAGGAUGGUAACUAGUUUGGGAGCAGGUCUGGCUACUGGUAACUCUAGCUGGAGAUCAGACAGUCACUGGUGAUGCCAAGCAAUGUGCUUAUAAGCAAUAUGUACUUAUGAUCUACAGCAUGGAUCACUACUCAGGAUCUCUCUGCAAUAUCUUUGGCUGACAGAAAAUUCUACAUUUUAUUCAUUCUUUGUUAUACAGUUUUAUGUAGGCUUUGUUGCUGGUCAACAGCCAAUUUUUCAUCAAGCAAUAAAACGCUUAAAUAUG